ACUUGACAGAAAAUGGAAGAAUCGGAAACGCAGAGAGGCGCCCUUUCUGAGCUCAUGUUGUCAGGCUAAAGUAGCUACUUCCUGCAGUUGUAACCUGCGAAUAUUAUUUAGCUCGAGAGAAGGAUUCGGCAGCAGAAACUGACCAGUUUUAGUUUAAUUCAACAACAUGGCCCCUAAAAAGAGACGAACGCCAAACACACAGAAUGACAAUUGGGUUGUAAUUUCUGCAGACUCAAUAAUAAACUCAACGAAGCACAACAGUGAUCCAGCUUUUUUGAGGAUGAGGAAUCCCUCAACAGAUGAAGCGUCUCUGUACGUGCUGGGGAGUGGGGAUUUGCAGCUGUAUGAGGUCAAAGCAUUUGAAGAAGAUUUUCACUCUUGGUUUGUUGGCCAGACUGUACAGAGAGAUGGAAGACUCAUUUUUGUCACACCAAUGGAUCCUCUCUAUCUAAUUUUGCCCUAUCUAAUUAAAUCUGGCAGAGAGGGGAAGUUCCAGCCUGUGGAUCAAGUUGUAAAAGAUGAGGACUUCCCAGCGUGCUCCAGGUUGCUCAGCUGCACACGUUCUCUCGCCAGCUUGCACCACAUUGCAGAGGAGAAAGAGGUGGGAAGCCAGAAGUUUCAUCGAUACAGUCAGGAUCGAACCAUGGACUGGUUGAAAAAAAAGGUGGAGAGGACUGUUGUUGCCUUGAAGAAGAAAAACGUCUGUGUUGGAGAAGGAGUGAAAUCCACAACGUAUGUCCGAGUCAAGUCCGAGUCAGAUAAUCAGGAAGACUACCUACGCUACGCUCAUGGCUUAAUAUCAGACUACAUCAGCGCAGACCUGAGCAAAGCGCUCCUCGGACACUUAGGGUUAUCAGAGCUCAAAAGUCCAAAGGAAACAGAGCCUCCAUCUAAGAAGCGGAAACUUUCAGACAAACCGGUGGAGGCUGAAGAAGACUACACCAAAUUCAACAGUGCAGACUUUGCGCGGAAACCACCCAAGAAGAUGACGGCUGCUCAGAAAACUCUAGCAAAGGUGGACAAAAGCGGCAUGAAGCCCAUGUCAUCUUUCUUCAGUCCUAAGGCCAAAGCCGAAAAGAAAUAACCAGUUUGGUUCAUAUUGAUUUGUAAAAAAAAAAAAAAUAACAGUUUGUAACAAACAUAUGUGAAUAGUGACUUUAAUUUGACACCCUUUUAAAGAAAACUGGAUUAAACAAACUGCCUUUCUUUUUUAAAAAGUGAUAAAAACAAACACUGUAAAACAUAUUUUUGUUAACUUUUGUUAAAAUAUUUUUCCCAUCAGUUCCCAGAUGACAAAACCUUUUUCCACCAUGCUUUUUUUUUAGACAUAAGACCUGUUCUCUUUUAAGCUGUAAUGAAAAACAGAAGUACUAGCUGUGACUUAAUUAAGAACUACCGAUGUGAAAACAUGGUUAAAUACAUUUAGGUUACAUUGGCAUCACUAUAGUGUUAAGGAUUUUGUAACUUGGAGUAUUGACUCUUGAAGUUCAGGAUAAGUGGCAUGACGUUUAGCUCAGAGCUCCACAGUCAGCUCAGAAUUUGAAGUUGACCUCGCUGAAUCUCACCGCUGAAUCAGAUAUUCAUUUAGCAAUCUUUGAUUCAGAGCUUGAAUAGAGCCGUUGUUGCUUUCCACAGUUGUAUUUUGAUGCCUCGAAGGAAUGCAAAGCUCCCUGACCUGAACUUUAAAGUGUAAAUCCGCCAAAAAUCCAUAUCCAUCCCAAUGUUGAACUUUCCUGAAAGUCCACCUCAAAAGGCAUCUUGAAAGAAAUUCUAUUAAAUUCUAUUAACUAACUGGUCAAAUCAA